CUGACUGCCUGUACCUGGCUUCACAGAGAAGGAAAAUUUCGUCCGUGUUGUAGUUGUGUCACUAUUAUUUUGGAACUGUUUUUGUGGUUCGGAACUAUCUGUUUAACUUUAAAUAAUGAUUACCUUGACAAAACGAUUAAAAAAAGAGGCUGAAAGCAGAAAUAAUAGUAGCACACCAAUAAAACAUGACAAUCAUGCUCCUAAAAGAAUUAGCAUCAGGGAUAAACUUCUUGUAAAAGAGGUCCAGGAAAUGGAACAGACCAUUCCUUCCACAUGCAGAGUGAAAUUUGAAAAUCCUGAUGCUCUUCAUGAAUUCACUGUGAUUAUUCUACCUGAUGAAGGCUUUUGGAAAGGUGGAAAGUUUUUGUUUCAUGUAGUCAUCAACGAGGACUACAACAUUUCACCACCUACAGUUAAAUGUCUGACAAAGUUGUGGCAUCCCAACAUUAGUGAAGAGGGUGAAAUUUGCCUCAGCCUAUUGAGGCAAAAUUCCAUUGAUGGGCUUGGCUGGGCUCCUACUAGAAAAUUAAAAGAUGUUGUGUGGGGCCUAAAUUCCCUUUUUACGGAUUUAUUGAAUUUCGAGGAUCCGUUGAAUAUCGAGGCUGCUGAACAUUAUCGAAAAGAUCGUUCUUCUUUCGAAGUUAAAGUACGCGAAUAUGUCAACCAGUUUGCAAAGCGAUAAAAAAAACGUAAUUUUGUGUGUGGUUGUGUGCGUGUUGUUGUGUGCCAGUGAAUUGAUUGUUCAAAUGACCAUAGUGAAUUCAGUUCUCUUACCAAUGCAGAAUAAAACUCAUUUUCUUCUUU